AUGCCACCAACAUAUGUCAAAGGAGGCGCCUGGUCGAAUGUGGAGGAUGAAAUCCUCAAGGCUGCGGUACAGAAAUAUGGUUUGACGCAGUGGUCCAGAGUGUCGUCCUUGUUGGCAAGAAAGACUGCCAAACAAGCCAAAGCCCGUUGGACGGAAUGGUUGAAUCCUAAUGUCAAGAAAUUUGAGUGGUCUCGAGAGGAGGAUGAAAAGUUGUUAUAUCUGGCAAAGACGAUGCCAAACCAGUGGCGGUCUAUAGAGGCCGUUCUCGGUAGGACCGCUACCCAGUGUGUUGAGAGGUAUCAGAAGCUACUUGACGAUGCUGCGUUGGGCCAGGCUUCUUCUGAAUAUUCGCUGAGUGGCCUAACUUUGGAGUCCAGUGCUGCUACUGGGAAUUCACAGGUUGGUGACAUAAACUUGAAUCCUGAAAGCAAACCAGCCAUGCCUGACGCUGAAGAUAUGGAUGACGAUGAGAGGGAGAUGAUCAGCGAGGCUAGAGCUCGUCUGGUAAACACACAGGGGAAAAAAGCCAAGAGGAAGACACGUGAGAGAAUGAUGGAGGAGAAUCAAAGAGUGGCGAUGUUACAGAAACGAAGGGAGCUGAAGCAGGCUGGUAUAAAAACCAAGAUCAAGCAGAAAAUCACGUAUAAAGAUCAGAUGGAUUACAACGCCGAUAUUCCCCUUGAGCACGUUCCUCCUCAAGGACCGUUUGACACUGAAUCUGAGCAGCUGAUGAACCAGAAUGACAAUGAGAAGUAUGCUAAUGUGGUGAAUAGGUUUGGCACAGAGAACGAGCAGACCAAAAAUCGCAAGAAGAGAUCGAAGGAAUCCCAGAAUCAGAAGGAGGCGAGGCAGGCUGUAACAUAUGAAGCCUCGUUUGCACCCGAAGAUGAACCGGUGAAAAGACGAAGGCUGGAACUUUCUGCUCCUACAGAGGCAGAACAGAGAGGGGAGUACGCCGUGGUCGGCGAAGACGAACGGAUAGUCGCGGCAACCCGUGAGUUGAAGGAGAUUUCGGGUACCCAAUCGGCAUUAUAUGCUGCUUUUGGCCAGCAAGAGGAUGUGGACGAAACAAAUGAGAAGAGCGAGAACGAGAGUACCCUAGAGACCAGCCAGCAGGCACCUGAUUCAGCUCCUGUCAAGAAGGGCCUCUCAUCAUUGAGAAGCAGAUUGGCGGCGUUACCUAAACCAGAAAACGAUCUGGAAUUCGAGCUUUCAGAGGAAGAUAAGGAGGAUAUAUCGAGUCCCGAGCUUGAGACAGAAAAUGCCACACAGUUAGCGGACAAAACACGAACUUUCGUGAGGACGUCAGAGAUCCUCUCCAAAGGGCUCCCCGUUCCAUUGGCUAGCAAUUUGAAAUUUGUCACCACAGACAGUCAGGAUCCUCUUGAAAACAUGAUACAGCGCGAAGUUUUGGCUCUGAUAACGGACGAUAUCAAAACCCUGGAAGAUUCAACCCAACCUCUGGAAGAUUUAAGUCCAAGUCAGAAAGCUGCUGUGCAAGAAGCCAUUGACCUGGAGGUGACCUCUAAGCCCCAAAAGAGCUAUGACAUCGCGAUCGGUGCCACUGACGUGGGAACCGAGGAAACAAUCGAGUUUCUAACAAAGUUGGGUUCGCGCUCCAAUAAGCUCGAGAAAAAGCUCAGACUAACGUUUGGUGGAUAUUUGAAGAGACAUGAUGCACUUGUUGUCAAGAGAGAUGAACUCCUACAGGAAGGGCUCAAACUUCAGGAGAAGGAAGUGGUAUAUUCCAGGGUUGCACAGGACGAGUUUUUGGCAAUCGCAAACAAUUCUGCCGAUAUUCAAAACGGAGUUGAUUAUUUGGUGCAGGCAGAACAGGCAGGUCAGCAAAGACUCAAGGAGCUCAGAGAGCGUGGGGAAUAA